AUGGACAUGUUAAAUGAAUACGGGAUGAGUGGAAGUAAGCCCAACAGCGUUCCCAUAGAUCAAAAUCAUGUUUUGACAACUCUCACCAAGUCAAAGCCUGUGGAUAUCACACAGUAUCAACAACUGAUAGGAAAAUUAAUUUAUCUAUCACAUACAAGACCGGACAUUGCCUAUUCGGUUCAUUACUUGUCUCAGUUUAUGCAUAAGCCAACUGAGGCUCAUACCCAAAUUGCCUUCAAGGUUCUACGCUACUUGAAAAGUGCACCAGGUACUGGCAUUCUUUUUCAAAAGAGUAGCACGUUUCAUUUAACAGCCUUUGCAGAUUCGGACUGGGCCAAAUGUGUUGAAAGCCGCAGAUCUGUCACCGGCUUUUGUAUAUUCCUUGGAAGCUCAUUGAUCACCUGGAAAAGCAAAAAGCAAAACGUUGUCUCAAGAUCCUCUGCCGAAGCAGAAUAUCGAUCUAUGUGCAAUGCUACAUGUGAAGUCUUAUGGUUGUUAAACAUCUUAAGGGAACUAAAACUGGAUGUGGAUAUUCCUAUUGUGCUGAAAUGUGACAACACAGCAGCUUUAUCCAUUGCUGCUAACCCUGUCUUUCAUGACAGAACGAAACAUUUCGAGGUGGACCUCUUUUUUUGCGAGAAAAAAUUGCUUCAGGCUUAA